AUGGCGCGUAGCCAUGGAAUCGUCCGGAAGCCUCGACAGAUCUGCUUCCUUGCGACUUUGGCUCGUGCCGAGUUGGGCCCAGCAGAGAGCCUCCUGUGCCAGAGUCUCCACUUGAGUUUCGAGCGCUGGACGCGGGCAGCUGGGCGCAUCAGCGAGCCUCGUCCCUGGUUUUACCGCGCGACACCACGGCAGCAUUGCCAGGAUGUGGAUGAGACCGUCAACCAAGCGUUUUUCGAGGCGACGUCUGUGGGCGAGUUUUUGCACGAUCUUGAGAAUUCAGCAGGCUAUGGUAUGCUGAGUGAGGGAAGACAGCUCCAAGCAGAUCUCAGCAGUCUCGUGGCAGAGCUGCGACCAGAGUCGACGGUAAGCCAAGUGAAGCUGGCAGACCUUCCAGCAAAGGUGCCAUUGCAGUUUGAAUUCCCGAGCCUGGGCUCGGGAAGCAUUGCCAUCUCCUCCGACGUACAGGAGUAUCGGGCGGAUAUGAACUGCCCAGAUUCGAUUUCUGCAAUCCGGACCGUAGAGAACUGGUAUCUUCCCCACGGCUUCGAGGUGAUCUACCCUCUCUCACAGCCCCCCAUCUCCAGGGGCUCCCUUCGAAAACUCCGGGUCUUGCCGUGGGCCCCGCGGCUGGUGGGCUGUCAGCCAAAGCUCUGGUACCGCAGCCGCCGUGGAAGAACGGAAGAUGAGGCCUUGCGGUCUCUUCACCAGGAGGUCUGCAAGUGCCUGGUACGGGCCAGGAACAGCACAAACGUCUUCUCCGGUGCGGGGAUUGCCGACUCAGACGUGGAGCUCUUUGUGCAGCUUCGGACUCUUGCGUUUUGGGCCAAAGACCCCAUCCCGGUGCACGCAUUCGUCAUCGGCAACUCCUUCGGCUUCUCUGCCCUUGUGCUGGGACUGCUCUUUGCGAGAAACGGGUCCGCUUCCUCCGUCGGCUCCGUGGACGUCCUGGACGAGGAGCCGGACUCCUGCACACGCACCGGGGGGUGGCUGACACGGCAGAUUGCACGGGUCCAGGGCCUGAACGUCUCCUUGACCAGGGGCAGGUCGCCGAAAGACGUGCCGAAAGCCAUGCGGACGCGGACUUACAACCUGGCCUUCAUUGAUGGUGGCCACAGCACUUCACAAUUGCAAAAGGACUUCGAGGCAGUUCAGCCGUUUUUGGCACAGCGCACCCUGGUCGUCCUGCACGACGUGGUCCUCUAUGGAAUGUACGAGUUUGUCCUGGGAUACUUCAAGGAGCCGUGGCACAUACAUCUGGUAAAGGGCUGCGCUUACAAGAACAUCUGUGGCACCGUGCUGCUGCACCGAGGCGACUUCCCAGACAAUGCCUUUGAGUCGCUCUAA